UGGUCUCUCAUUCCGUGGUUGCACUCCGUUCGGAACGGUUCGAUUUAUUGUUUUGCGCGUGUGUCCCCCUGCCGGAACAUUUCCCACUAAAGACGGCGACGCGACGGUGGUGGUGGUGGAAGAGCAGCCUGGUGUUGUAACCCGCGCCCGGCGUGUCAAUGGAAACGACGACCGAUUCCUUCGUCUUCUUCGUCAGCAGCAGCGGUUCUACGGUCCCUUCUAAGUGGAUUAGUCGCGUUACCACAGUUGGUUGUCGUUGUUGUUGUUGUUACUAUUGUUACUCACACAUUUAGUGUCAGUGGGGCGUGUGUGAGUGCGUGCGUGCGUGUGAGUGAGCGAGAGGCAAGGAUUGCAAUUUUCCUCUUCCGUUUUCCGACCCGUUUGUUGUUUUUCCUCCCCUUGGAUCGAUUGGAGAGAUAUUACAGCGAGGGAGGCGCCCUUCCGCCCGGAAAGUGGAUUACUAUACGCAGCGGUGGAUGCUGAAAAUGAAGUUUAACUACUAUCCGGAGUCGUGUUCGGUCAACGGGAUGGCACAAAGUGAGCAGCAGUUUUUGCGCAACGAAAGCAAACGGAACACGCCGACGGCGGUGAAGCCACCGGGACCGGCCUGGAGGCGGUUCGUCGCCGAGAACAAGCUGAUCCUGGUCACGCUGAGCGGGGUCAUUUUGGGCGUCGUGCUUGGUUUCGCCCUCCGCCCGCUGGAACUCUCGGCGGACACCGUCAUGCUGAUCGCCUACCCGGGAGAGCUGUUUAUGCGCGUGCUAAAGUUGAUGAUCCUUCCGCUGGUGAUUGCCAGCCUGAUCAGCGGUUCUUCCAGUUUGAACGCCAAGUUGAACGGAAAGAUCGCGCUGCGUACGUUCGUGUACUUUGCGUUGACUUCGCUGCUGAACGCCGUGCUGGGGACGUUUUUGGUGCUGUUGAUCCAUCCGGGGGACCCGCAGAUGAGCGAAUCGAUGGCCGAGUACUCGACGGUUGGCGGGCGGACCGUGACGCUGAUGGACAGCAUUUUGGAUUUGGGACGAAACAUCUUUCCGGACAACAUAUUUCAAGCGGCUCUCCAGCAGGCCCACACGGUGUACGUUCCAAAGGAGAGUGCCAACAAUGGAAGUUUACUACCGGUGGCUAAUACCAAUCCGCCGGCGGCUCGAAGCACCUUCAGCUGGGAUGACGAAGAUGAGUUGAUUCGGAUCGUUGAGUAUCGACCGGGGACGAACACGCUGGGAAUUGUGUUUUUCUGUUUGGUAUUUGGAACUCUGUUGGGAACGAUUGGCAGUAAGGGAUACGUUGUUAUCCAGUUUUUCUCGGCUAUCUUCGACGUGAUUAUGAAGAUGGUUACGGGUGUAAUGUGGGCUACGCCAAUCGGAAUCGGGAGUGUGAUCGCCGGGAAGAUUUUGGCCGUGGCCGACAUAAGCUUGGUGAUGACCCAACUGGCUUGGUUCAUCUUCACCGUACUGUUUGGAGUUCUUCUGUACCAGUGGAUUAUCUUGCAAGUGAUCUACUUUCUUUUUCUAAGAAAGAACCCGCUCAAGUUCUACCUGGCCCUCAUCCAACCAAUGUUAACCGCAUUCGCAACGGCUUCAACGGCCGCCGCCCUGCCGGUCACGUUCCGUACCAUGAACGAGAAGGUAAAGGUCGAUACCCGGAUUACGAGAUUUGUGCUUCCCAUCGGGGCCAACAUCAAUAUGGACGGAACGGCGUUGUUCAUCUCGAUCGCGUCUAUUUUUAUUGCUCAAAUGAGUGGAAUGCAGCUGAACUUUGGACAGAUUUUGACGGUGGUUCUGACUUCGACGGCGGCUUCGAUGAGCUCGGCCAGCAUCCCGAGUGCGGCGUUGGUGCUGCUGCUGGUGGUCCUGACGGCGAUCGACGCACCGAUGCACAACGUGACGCUGCUCUUUGCCGUGGAUUGGUUUGUUGACCGCAUCCGCACGACCAACAACUUCCUGGGCGACUGCUACUGUGCCGCCAUCGUGGAGCACCUGUCCCGGGAGGAGCUGAAGCAGACCGACGCCUCGGACCAACCGCAAUCGUACCGCGAGGACGACGAGCUAACGCUGGACGGGGAGGGCAAGAUCCCCGGACGGUCCACGCUGGAUGUUUAGGGAGGUUGUUUGUCUGUUUUUUGCGAAGUGAAUGAACCCAAAUUUUAUAAGAAAUAAUCCACCUGAAAAAACGUUAUACAACUAUUACCAAUUUACCAUACACAACAAAACACACAGAUUUACUAAAAAAGAAAACGAUGUCUAUAACAGAGCUCUCUGGAGGGACCAACCUCUUUCAGAAGUAGACUUAGAAUCAGAACUAACCGACCGAAUUUAUAGUGCACACACUCUCUCUUGUUGCAACAGUCCGUAGCGAAUUCAAACAUGUGAAUUGAACUAAACCAAAAAAAAAAAAAAAGAAGAAGAUUUAAAACAUAGUCUGUAGAUUUGCCUGACCUGGUCAGAGAAUGUGAUAUUAUUACCUGUUUACUCAUACUAGUGAUAAAUGUGAUUAGAAAUGAAAGUUACAAUAAAAAAUAGUGAAUAUAAAGAAAAUAAAAA